AUGAAGCGUCAUGAUGUAUUGGAUAUGUUUUUAUGGUCAUAUUUCACAGAGAGAGGAUCAGUAGAACAUAUUCUAAUAUUGAGGGAUGAAAGUACGAUGUGUAAUCAGCUGAGUCAAGAGUUUAUGAGUGAUAUUGUCACGGUAACGGCUAAUGCUAAUAAUGAAGACGACGCUAGUUUGUUACAGAGCUAUUUAUUGGACGAUAGAGGAUGGAUGUUAUUACAUUUGAUCAGAGAUAUUGGUGUUCGGGGUUUGUGUAAUAGCCGAGAUUUUUGUAAUUUAUUGGUAUCUUUGUUGCCAUGGUGUUGUCAGUUUAACCAAUCAGAAGUUUUACCUAAAGGCCUUUCAGAAAAAGAGCUUCCACUAAUUAACCAGUCUUUCAGUAACGUAAUCAAACUUUCUAAACUCAAAACAUUAGGUUGUCAAAAAGAUGGAAAAAAUAAUCAGAAAUCCUCAGAGCAGCCUCACCAUUAUCCCAAGCACAAGAGAUCAACCCUUGAUACUUUCAAAAUGGAGGACGUUGGCGAUGAUAGCGACACUGCGGAGAAUGACAACAAAUCAAAAGCUAAACCAGCCAGAUUGAGACGAAAAAGUUCCCCAUUUGUUCGAAGUUUAAGUUCACAGAAAGAAGAUGAUGGAUACUCCGAUGAUGAUGUCAUUUCCUCUUUUGAAAAAGUCUCGAAGCCAGAUAUAACUUAUUCAGCAGCAGAAUUAGUGAAAUUAAUUUUGGAGUUGAUCAGUGAAUUAAGUAAAUUGGACCUAGAAGAAAUGGCUUCUGGGAAAUCUCUGUCUUCCACCAUUUUGCCUCAUCUGCUGCAUUUGUUAAAUGAACAGUUCUCUCCCUUAUUUGUUGAAGAGCUCCAAAAAUCUGACACAGCAGAAGGGCAAACUAAUGAUAAAAUGUGCAUGUGGUCACAACAAACCAAAAUUACCGUUUUGAAAUAUUUGCUGCGAUCCAUAUUUUUAGUGAGUGGUAUCAUAGCAACACAUCAACAUGGCGUGAAAAUUCUAAGUGGACAUGGAACUGUUCGAAAUUUGUUUAGCUUUUUACUUCAGAAUUUAAAAUUAUCGGAUCCAAAAUUGAAAUUUGACAAAUCUGUGUUUUCUGUGGUGGAGGACAUCAUUUGUGGAUUGAUUUUACUGUUUGAAAUAAUUUGUCAGCAUUUGCCGUUCAAUCCAGCGUACAUCAACGAAGCCUUGGGACUUCUGACUGUGUUUGAUGAAAAUCGCGGCUUUGAUUAUAUAAGAUACUUGGUAGAGGUCAUCGAUAGUGAUAUAUUUAGUAACAGAUCCAAAAAUCUUGACAGUGACAAUGUCAUUAAAUAUGCAGGAAGUUUUAUAAAUACGUUGAAAACGUUGAAAGUGAACUAUAUCCAUGCAGUAAAAUGCCUGAAACAUCGGCAUCGAAACUGUGAAUAUAGUUCUUAUUUCGACCAUCAUCACGGAAUAUUAGGUGCCUCUCCUACAAUGAAAAGUAUAGCAGAUUCGAACGAAUUCAAAGAAGAGCUGGAAAAUUCCUCAAAAUUAGAUUCUUUAGACUUUGAAAGUAGUACCAAGAGUGCCAUAAGUGAAAUUUUCAAAAGGACGUUAUCAGAAUCAAAGAGUAGUCCGCCGUCUGCAUGUGCCAUAGCCAUGUGGUCGGAGUAUCUUUUGGAUUUGUUGCCAGUAGUUAAACAUAAAAGAACGCAAGUUCAGGUGUUGGCCAUGUUGUCUAAUCCAGGAGUAUGCUGCUGUAUUCAACCCAAACGUGUUAUUGACACUGUAGUGCCCCUUCUCGGGGAACUGACACCAGCCAUGAGCAAUUUUUGUUUGGAAACUGUGACCUCUCUGCUGUUGGACAAUUUUCAAGGUCUCAAACAUCCAAAGUUAACCUCUAACCAAAGCGUCUGUCAGCAUUGUUUCUUGCCCGAUAACCUUUCAGCAUUAUCCUCGUUAGAUAUUCCUAAAGCUUUUAAACUAGAUAGUGGAUUUUCUAGUAGCGAAAUUACCGAAGCGAAUCGGCUCAAAUCUCUUCAAAGAUGGCGUCCAUUGAGACAACUUACGAACUAUGUUUUGGCAGGCGAUAAUACUUUAGCUUUGAUAGUCAGCAAGGCGUUAAUUGUCUUAGCGUUCAAGGGGAAUGAUAUCAUAAAAGAAGAACUAUUUUUUGGAAUUUAUCAACAAGUUUUGCAGUCUGUUGUCACAGACAUUGAUUCGAAUCCUACAGACGUGUCCAGCGAUGAAGCUUCAUCUGCGUCUGUUCCAACCAGUACCAUGCUCUACUGUGUUUCUGCUCUACCAUACGUUCUUCAAGUUGAUAAAGUCAUGAAGUCGUUCCUAGAAAAAAAUGGCUUGGCACGUUUGCAUGAGUUAAUUGAAGAUGAGCAGCUCCGAAUGCCAGUCCUGGGAGUUUUUGAGGCGAUUAUUAUGAUCGACGAGCAAAAAUUUCAUAGUUCCAAAUAUGAAAUUAACGAAUUUGAAUCUGAUUAUUCUGGUGGUUAUGUAAUGCAGAAUUUUAUAGAUGUUUUAGCGCGAAAAACUUGCAAUAUUACGUCAGCCUUUCAACGUCUGCACAUUAACCAACUGGAGAAAUCUGGAUCCAUUGAAGUCAAUCCUGACUCUGAAUCAUCUGAGGUGGACGAAAAUUCAGAAUCCAACACUAGCAACAAGGAGGUGAAUCUUUGUGAAGAGUUGAAACAGUACCAUAGCGACAUGUUAAAACAUUUGCCACUUCUGCUCGAUAUGUGGCAGACGUGUGCAAAAUUGUGUAUCAACAGUCCAACAUUUCGUUGUUUUUUCCGGAACUCCCCUGGUCCGAAUUCCAUAGUCAUAGAAUGUCUAGUCCUAGCUCUGGAACUCUUAGUUGAAAUUGGAAACAAGGAAUCGACGUGUCAGAAACUCUGUAGUAAUGGAGAAGAAGAACAAGUAUCCAAGACGACAAAAAAGCUCAAACCCGCUUCCUUUUCUUGUCACCAAUCGAAACUAGCUUUUAUUGAAGCAGUGAUGAUCGUGUGUUUUUCUUGCCAGACUAUUAACGGCUCUCAAAAGAAAGGAGAAGAAGAGAAACUGUGGAAGAGAUUGCUGUCUUCAUUAUUACAAUGUACCGAACUGGAGUCAACUAAAUUACGGACAGUUAUAGAUAUGUUACUCACUACAGCUCUACCUCAAAUACCCUCAAUACUCGAAUACUCUUACCCCCAAAUAGUCAAUUUAUUGAAUUUAUGUGAAGAAGAUUGGGAUGAAGAAGAUGAAUUAAGAUUAAUUAAACAACAGACAAGUGAAUCAGACCAGGAUACGAUGUAUACAGAACACGGUUACGAGGCUGAUACAGAGGGCGCUACUCUCGAUGAUUUACAAUCUACCUGGAAUGGUAGGCCAGGGUUGUCUAUUUAUAGUAACAAUGUACUGUGUUUUCCUGCUGUAUUUAGACUAAUUAUAGAAAUGUUGAAAGUGAAAGUAGAACCUAGCUAUAAAACAUGUGAUAUAUUAAUACCAGGCCUGUUGAGAUUAUUACAAGUUUUAAAAUCUAGUAAAAUAGCCGUAGAGGCUGUUUGUAAGGAGGGGUUGUUGGAAAUUAUUUUAGAUGGUUUUAAAGAAAAGUUGGUUUGUAAAACAGGCACACAUCAAGAAAUCCUAGUUCGCGAAGUAUUACUAUCUUUAAUACAACUACUAGCUCAACAACAAAUGUCUUCCCAGGAAUUGAUGCAGUUCUUCCAUCUCUUUAAAUCAAAAGACAACAAUAUUGAUGGUCUGUUAUCAAUGUUUCUUGGUAUAGUAGAAAAUUCAGUAUUAAAUCCAUCACAUAGUCUUCAGUUCCCUGUAUCUAGUGUGGGUGAGAGAAGACAAUCAGAAGAUGAUAUUAACAUAUCAACAGAUCCCUAUUAUACAAAUGAUGGUAGCAAGCAGCCCAGUAUUAAGAUGGUUACCCAUGGUGCCGUGCAAUGUUUAUUGAAGGAUGGACUAACAUGGCCGCCAUUACAACAUGGCUUCUCCGUGUCACUAUGGAUUCAUCCUGAAAGUCUACUAGAGAAAAAACCUGACCACAAAUCACCAGACGUGAAAAAGUCCCCUGCUAAGACUUCCAGUCAUGUGACACCCGACCAAGACACACCCCCAACUCCUGAAAUACGUCCGAGAACUUCCUCAUUUAAUGGUCAGACGCCUCCGAACUAUACUCAUAUUUUUUCUGUUGGUAAUCCACAGAAACGAUUUGAAAUGUGGCUGGAUGUUAAAACAAACUCCUUAGUAUUCAGGAUAUCUACAGCUUAUUCAGAACAUGGUUUACUGGCUGAAAGUUUUGUAGAGAAUUUUCUUAGUAUUUCAAAAUGGCAGCAUGUUGUAGUGAGUUAUAAGGAAUCUUUAGAUGGUAGUACUCAACUUGGGAAGUUGAUAUUAAUUAUAAAUGGCUGGAUGUGCAGAGAAGUUCAUCUAGAUCAUCCAGCCUCAGCGUAUCGUAAAGAUAUCCAGGUCCAGCCUUCACUAUAUCUUGGCUGUUUAGAGAAAGAGGACAUCAGUAAAGAUCUGUGUAGAUACAGGAUAGGUCCUGUCAUGGUGUUUAAGGGAAGUGAGUACAGUAGAGAAUGGUGGUACUAUUUAUAUACGCAGGGUGUCAACUGUACCUCCAUUAGUAAAUGUGACAGCACCAACACAGGAACUACUUUCUCAGCGUAUUUAUCUAAAGAAGUGAUCAGUGAUGGAAAUCUGUUGUAUGAUGUAUUAGUGGGCAGUAUGGGUAUUAUAGAUAUUGAUAAAGCUAGGAGUUGUCUGCUGUUGAGUUAUUUACCAAAGUACCACGAUACUGUUUGUUAUUUUGGUACAAGAUCUUCGUCUAGUCAGAGUUCUCUUCAGUCUGGUACAGCCCAGGAUUCCUUGCUGUACCAACAACCUACUAGUCAGACCUGUGUUUUAAUGGGUCGUGUGGAGGUUGAAGUUAAUGAUGGUUUUGAAAAAGCUGCUGAACAGUCAGGUGGAAUUGGAUCAUUCUUAUUUCUAAUUGCUAAGAUUUAUGAAAACAGUGAUACAGACGCUAGUGGAUUUGAUAAAAUAAAAACAGAGAAAUUACAGAGUAAAGCUGUUCGUCAGUUAUUUGUAGUUAUAAAUAGAUUUCCCCGCCUCCUGACACAGUUUAUAGAAAUAUCAGGAUACGUUAUGUUACGUAGAUUGUUAACUAGUUCUAAAAGUAUUGUAGGUUAUGAUAUCUUAAAGACCCUGUUAGACGCCUGUACUUCUGAAUCAGUAUUUCGGCCUGAUGCUUCAAGUAUAAACCCUGUCUUACGACGUGGUACUGAGGCUAUUGUCAAGGAUAUAGCCGUGGUUGAUCAACUGUUGCUACAUUGGCGAAUCUGGGAGACAGCAGCAGAUGGUGUGUCAGAGUUACUGUUCUUGGCGUUACAACUUCUGGUUCGGGAAGAUCACCCAUAUCGAGAUUUUAACAUCAAACAGUUUCAAGCUGGAAAUGUGUUGUUUAAAAUAUUUUCAAUCUAUUUGGAGAGAAUCCAAGAGAACCUGCCAUCUCUAUCAGUUAUAAUCAGUAAAUCUGUGUCUCUGAUCGUCAAGGCCAUAUUAGGUAACCCUCCCGACCUCCAUAUGUUACGAUCUGUCACAGACUUCCUGUUGCUAGUUCAUCCCGCAGCCAAUAGUUUUAUCAACUACAGCAGUGAAUGUCUGUAUUUUAAAACAUGGUGGGCUCAUCCCAGUUUUACCUCUACUCCAUUGAUUAAAGAACGGAAGCCAUUAAGGAUUGAGAGAAAGAGCAGUAACUCUACUGAUAGUGAAAUGAUACCCAACAGAGUUCCUUCUAGAGGAAAAAGAAUCAGUGAUGUAUCAAUAUCAAGUCUUGGUGGAGAUGCUGAUUUAAGCAAAACUGACACGGAAAGUGAAAUAUCGUCCGAUUACCCAAAAGUCCAGAAGGUCGGCCAGUAUUCUGGGACACCAAAAAGUUUUGAAUCAGAUGACGUAUUCCUGAUGAUAUCAAAAAAUUCUGAAGAAUCUACAGAAGACCAAAGUAAAUCAACUGAAUCGCUGGAUAAUCUUGACUCGUUACCGUCUGCCCUUCAGACAGGGGAAGUAACUUAUAAUGAAGAACAAUCAGAAAUACUGGAAAGGUUACUAAAAGAUCGUAAUGGAAGUAUUUUGGAUGACAGCAUAUUUAAGUUUGAUGAUGAUAAUUCGACUGAUUUUGAUGACAAAAAUGAACGAGGACUGUCUACUCUUUGUGCCAAUUUAUUGAACUAUGUUAGUGAGAUAUUAAAAGAUUUACCAGAAAGCUCUGUGAAUGAAACAUACAGUAAAAUAUUAAAUACAGGUUGUUUGAUAGUUCUCGCCCAGAAUCGUUCUCCGUAUAUUAAAGCUGCCGUCAUAAACCUGUUAGGAGCCUAUUUAAUGCGAGCACCACCUAUGCACCAAGAAGCCUUUUUGAAGAAGGACGGAUUCCAUUUAUUGGCCAAUCAACUCCAUCUUACUCCAGUGGUUAGUGAACACGUAGAGGCGGCCAUUACUAUAUUUUUAGGCAGACCGUUUCAAUUUGAACAAGAGGUAAACUUAGAAGAAUUUAAAGAUUUAACAACAGUUCAGCAGUCGUCUGUAGUAUUAUUAUUAUCAUUGAUAGAGAAAACAGCAGAAGAUAUGGCCUUGUGUCACAAUACACUAACUUUUAUUAUACAGUUGAUACAGUGUAUACCAAUAAUAUCUUCAGUAUUAUUAGACUAUGGUAUAGUAGAAGUAUUAUCUAAUGUAUUGUCAGUUCUCAACAGACUCGAUACAGGACAUACUGAUAUAGAUGGUAUUGAAGAAAACCAGAUUCUAUACAGUGAUGUUCAGAAUAUCUUUUGUGCUAUAGCUGUCAGAGAAUUCAGUUGGAGCUCAGUGGUACAUUAUCAACAAUUAGAAGAUAUAUUUAAUAUUUUACACACUCUAGAGAAAACUGAAAUAUCCAGCAGUAAACGUUUAAAGGGGCCAGAUAUAGUACAAGGUAUACAGGUUGCCAUGCUAACCAAUAUACUAGAGUACUGUGAGGGCGCUAGUGAGGACAUCAGCAACCAAUCAGUCGGCUGGUUCUCUAGUACCAAUACUAGCUCGGCUAACCAAGCUGGAUAUGGCAAAACUACCCUGCGAUGUCCUGCUUAUAUUCAUCAUCGUCCUGGCUACUCAUUUACCGAAUACUCCUUUAACGCCAGCUUGCAUCUUCCACAACUCUCCGAAACCUCCCUUCUCGAAACAUCACAAGCACGUUCCCUAACGCCACCUACAUUCUCAUGUAAUCUUACAGAUAAUCCUUACGAGGAUAAAACUCUUUCCGCCUCCGGAUAUGUUUCCGGGGACAGUGAUAGUUCCAUUGAUUAUCGGAAACUUUCAAGAUGGCUGUCAAAUGAUGGAAGCGGGAAAAUGUCAUCGUCAAGCAAAUUGACAUUCUUUAGUGGCAGACGUAAGAAAUUGGUCUUUACGUCUAUCAGUCAAACUGAACUGUUGGAAAGAUUCAAGAAGAUUUUUGUGUUGGCAACUGAUUUGAUUGUGUUCUGUGAUCGUUCUGAUGUUGUAAAGCCAGAAGCUGAAAGAUCAGUGAUGUUUUCAUUUACCAGUGGUCGUCAAGUCAAAUCACCUGAAGAUCAGUUUCUACUCCUGAUUUUUAACUUUGCUUUUAAAGCCUUGGAGAUGACACUGGAGAAGACAGUAUUUGGUAGAAGAAGUAAGAAUGUAAUAAUGUGGGGAGCGAAAGAUGUUGUUAGAAUUCAGCUGGGACGUCUGCUAACUUGUCUGUUGUCACCUAAAAUGGAGUUUGAUCAGAGAGUGUAUGUCAUGUCGUAUGUGAUGGGUGAACCGAAAGGGAGAGAAAUAUUAAAACUUCUUGUUUCUAAUCCUCAAGUGUCAACAGAAGUCUGCUAUUCUCUGUAUGAUUUACUCUCAACAUGGCAUGACUGGUUAACCAAGUCACAACGAGAACAUGGUUAUUUAGCUGUCAAUGUUUUGCGAAUGUUCGGUUGUGCGAUCUAUUCACCAGAAGCUAAACUCAGUCAGGAGAUGGACAAUGCCCUGUAUGAGGAUAAGAAGUCUAUUGAUAACCAGUAUGAAAAAGAAAAGAAAAUCUGGACACAGAAACGGGAAUCUGGUGCUGCUAGAAUGUUAUCAAGAUUUGAUAAAUUAGAAAGCCAGAUAUCAGACCAAGCUAUGACCGUGACCCAGAAUGUGACCCAGUUACAGAAUCUACAGCGUAAAAAACUGAUCAAUCAUAUUAAAAAGAGUAUGACUGAAGGAAUUCAGAUUAAGAAAGCUUGGCAAGAACUUGUUCAGAAUCUUACUCAUGAAAGAGCUGUAUGGUAUCAUGAAGAAUCCUACCCUAUAUCAUGGCAGUUAGAUCAUACAGAAGGACCAGGUAGAAUGAGAAAACGAGUUCAGAGAAAUCAUCUCGGUAUUCAAGAUAAAUUCCUCACUCCUGAAAAUAAAGUCACUUUAGAAAAAGAAGAACAUGAUCCACCAUUAAAGUUUUUAUUUGAAGAUGACCAUUCCUCCUCAGACUCAGCAGCUCUGAUUUACCGACUCUACACCAACGAAAAAAUCACACAUACCUGUAGAUGUACGGCCGUGUCUCCUGCUACAGAAAGUAAAGGUGAUUUAUUAGUUGGAGAAUUGUGUAUAUUUUUUGUCAGUGAUGAAGCAAUCGGUGAUGCUAAUUAUACACAGGUAUUGUUAGGAAAUAAAGAUGAACUGUCCAUGACGUGGCCUCAUGUUAAUAUACGUGAAUUACACAAACGUUGGUAUCAGCUACAAGAUGUGGGUUUAGAAAUAUUUUUAACUAAUGGUAAAACAUGUUUAUUGGCGUUCAUUAACCCAGCUGAACGAGAUCAGCUAUACGAUUUCUUACUAUCAUUAGAGUUACCUAACUUGAAAGAUACAGAAAAUCUAGAGGACGUCAGAAAGAUGUGGAUUGAUGGUCUAUUGUCAAACUAUGACUAUUUGAUCUAUCUCAACAAAAUGGCUGGACGUUCUUUCAGUGAUCUGAUGCAAUAUCCAGUCUUUCCUUUCAUCUUGAGGGAGUAUGAGAGUGACGUCUUAGAUUUGGAAGAUCAAGCUGUUUAUAGAGAUUUAAGUAAACCUAUAGCAGUACAAGAUAAAUCACGAGAGAAGAGAUAUGGGGAUAAUUAUGAGUUUCUACAACAAGAGUAUGAUAAGAAUUUAGAAAUAGAACAUUUGAUUCGAGUUCCACCCUAUCAUUAUGGCAGCCAUUACUCUAAUAGUGGUACUGUUCUACAUUAUCUUGUUCGCUUACCUCCCUUUACUCAGAUGUUUCUUUCUUAUCAAGGAUUUGAUUUUGGAUGUCGUCAGAAUGGUCAAGUAGUGAAUGAUGUAUUAUUACCACCAUGGUGUAAGAAUAACGCCAGAUUAUUUGUGUUGAUCAACAGACAAGCUCUAGAAUCAUCCUAUGUUAGUCAACGUCUGCAUCAAUGGAUAGAUCUGGUAUUCGGGUGUAAACAGCAAGGAGAAUUAGCUAAAAAAUCAUACAAUGUUUUCCAUCCUUCAAUAACCUGCUGUGCUUCAGUACCAGAUUGUCAACUCCUGUUUAUAGCUGGAGUAAAUGGAACCAUCAAUGUAUAUGAUACCACUCAUAAUAGUGCUAAGGCUAGUGAAAUACAAGUUAUUGGUAACAGUAAGAGUUUAUAUGGACAUACGAAGACUGUAACAUCAUUAUAUAUCUGUAAUAGUUUUAGUAUUGUGGUCAGUGGGAGUGAAGAUACUUCCUGUAUCAUCUGGGAUCUUAACAGACUAUGUUAUGUUAGAAGUAUCACAGACCAUCGAUCUAGUAUUCAAGCUAUAGCUGUUAGUGAUACACUAGGUGAUAUAGUUAGUGUUAGUAAUACAGGUCUACAAUCUAGUAUUAAAGCUAUAGCUGUUAGUGAUACACUAGGUGAUAUAGUUAGUGUUAGUCAUACAGCUAUAGCUGUUAGUGAUACACUAGGUGAUAUAGUUAGUGUUAGUCAUACAGGUACUGAAAGCGUACUAUAUCUUCAUUCUAUUAAUGGAGGAGUGAUAUCUCAUCAAGUGUGUGAAGAGGGUAUUAAUUGUUUAGCGUAUUCCUACGCUACUGAAGGUAGAUCUGUUAAUGUUAUUGCUGGUGGACUGAAUUCAGGUGUAGUCAGAUUAUGGAAUAGUUGGGACCUGACAAAUAUCAGAGAUUUACGAUACGAGAAGACUAUAGCCACUCCAAUUAUCAGUAUCACAUUCAGUUUGGAUUCUCAAAGACUUUAUGUAUCAGCUGCAGAUUGUAGUGUUACUAUGUGGGAAAAACAGUCCAGUAAGAGUAAAAAGGACACUUUUAUACCUCUAUUAGGACCUCAGAGACUGGGGAGACAGUAA